CAGACCCUAUAUGAAACUUUGUGUCUUGGAAUCCCGCAGUAGAUGGGGGCGGCGGGGGGGUGGGAUAAAGGAGUGGGAGAGAAUGUUAAGCGCGGGGCAAGGUUUGGGAGUCUGCAGAGACGAGAGGCGCCGGAUGCUUCCUGCCCUUGGCACCGAGAAAAGGGAAACAGCCCUUCCCGUUCCCAGUAGCCCAGGGCAGGAGAUCUGCGUUCAAGGUGCUAAGGAAAAAUGUCCCGGCCGGCAGCAGAGGUUAAGGGGAUUGGGAGGGGGUGGCGCGCGCCUCCAGCCUGCCCCUAAAGGCAGUCCGGGGGACAGCAGGCUGGAGGCGCGCCGGCGUGAUUCUGACCGCGGGAGCCGGGAGGAGGAGCCGGAGGUGGCUGCGGGGGGCUCCGGCCCAGUCGAAGGAAGGACAUUCCCCUUUUCUGACAUUAAAGCUACAAGUCAUCAGGCUGACCCUCUCUCAUCCCUUGGCCUGAAGAAGAGGGUGUCUCAGGGCCCAGGGAUAAGCGGGAAUGGACCGGAGGGAGCCACAAGUCUGCACCCAGGCGGGGAGGAGGCGGGCAGGAGCGGCUCCGCAGGCGCAGGGCUCAGGGGUGGAGGCGGACGGCAGGGGACUGCAGAACCGUCCCCAGAGCGGGACGCGAACCGGCAGACUUGGGAGAAGGUAAACAAGGGCCACGCCCCCUGCCGUCGCCCCGCGGGCGCGCACCCGCCGCUCCGGCCGCCGCCGGUACAUUUCCACUCCCAGCGCUUCUCCCCCGCUGGACUCCCGCGCAGCCCUGGAGGGGGGGCUGCCCCCGACCCCCAGCCCGCGCCCCCCGCGCUGGGGCUGCGCACCCUCCAUACUCACCUGGAAAGGGUAUCCCCCGCCCCUCCAAAAAACUGUGCUUAA